AUGGCUCUCCGUCUUUUCUUCGUCGUUGCCGCGCUUCGUGGUGCAGAGGCCUCUCUUCGAGGAAACCUCCACGCGAAUGCGGGGUCCAUGAGCACGGAGCAGCUCCGAGAGACGGUGUUGCAGGAGGUGAUGACGGCCCUUGGUAGUGGCAACCGCGUCACUGAGAAGCGUCUCAAAACCAUUGAGACGGCGUUGCGGCCCACCUUUCAGGCCAUGCCCAAGAACGCUUACGGCAACUUGGAAGAUGCUGCAGCCAGGUAUGUGUUGCACCGGCUCUUUGUCCAGCGCCAUGCCAUGUACAUCAAGGGCCUCGAAGCCAAUGGCAUGAACUGGAAGAACAUGACCACCACGGAGGUUCUUGAUCAGCACGUGCCAUCCUUUGUCCUGUCGCUGUUCGAAGAUCGCUUGAAGGACCAAGGCCUUGGCCUUCACGAGCUGACUGUGCUUGCAGCCACCUUGGAGCACCUGAUCCAUGACGAGGCGGUGAGUCGACUCGCCGUUGUGUACGAGGCGCACAACUUGUCGAUGGCCGAUCGCGUGCAGGAGGUGGUGCUGCAGGACUUGAUCGACACCUACAUGACCAUCUUCCUUGUUGGAACACAGAACUUGUCAGCCACCACAGUUUCGAAAGAGCGUGCCCUGAUCGUCGAGAGCUACCCUGGCUGGCAUGAAACACAAAAGUUCACGAUGCAAGUGCGCGGGAGCGUGCUUGCGUCGAAGGACGCAGACGCCGACUUCUCGCCAGACAACUUCUCCUUCCGGGCAGCCACACAGAUUGUUGAGGAGAUUGGUGAGCGCUAUGGUCGGUGGCAGGAUUCGGAGUGUCGUGACUUGAAGAGUUUGCUCGUCAAGUAUGAGCACGCCGAUACUGGACGCGUUCUGCUGAAGGACUUCUACUCUGCGGCACUCGGCGGGCAGUGGCAGUUCUCUGAGAGCAUCGACUAUCUGCGGGAGUUGGGAGCAUUGGAUGAGUCGGACCCAGCUCACCUGGCAGUCUUCAUUCCAAACUAUGUCAACUCGCAAUCAAACUGUGUGGCUUCAUCCAGCAUCUAUUCCGUUUGCUGCAUCAAUGAGUGCGAGGCACUGCUCGGAAGCCUUGAAGCCAAGGUUGCCGCCCCGGAGGCGACGCCGGAGCAGAUCCUGGAGCUCGUUGCGGCAAUGCCCUCUGCCACUCUCCGCGCUCCACGGGAGCUUUCGCGUCCAUUGGCGGAUCGUCUCCGUGAGGUUGCCGCCCAGCACGGUGGCGCUGUGCCCCUGCAUGGGCGCCUCUUUGCCCAAUGGCUGCAUCAUGCCUAUCCACGGGAGUGCCCGUAUCCUCAUGUGGCGGGCAAGACAAAUCCCAUGACUGCCGACGAGUGGAUGCAGGCCAGGGGCCAAUCCGUCUCUGCAACGAAGGAGGACAUGAAACGCUAUUUGGAGGCAGCACCUUCCGCGAAGCCAGCGGCAGAGCUUCCUUGGUCUGCCGAGGAAGAGCUUGUGGCCCGGGAGAAGAAGCCGACAGGUUUCGGUGCUCUCAUCCGCAAGGCCCUGUUUGUCGUUUUUGGCUUGGUUGCCGCCUACUCCUUUGGGCCAGGGGCUGAGGGAAUCAUGCUUGGCAAGUUGGCCACAGGGCAAGAUCCCCGCUUCUUCCUUGCGCUUUGGGCUCAGUACGGGAAGGAGGGCAAAGUUCGCACACUCUCGGGCAAUGCCCCUGUGCUCAGAGACCAUGUGGCAGAAAAGGUCAGUGGCAUGCAGGUUGUGGUGUCAGCCUGGCAUGGCUCGAAAAAGCUCGCAAAGAGCAAGAUCUCGCCGCGACUCACGGGGCAGAUGCGGUCGUAUGUGGUCACUUGGCAUGUCCAGUUGCGAGAGCUGCAAGAGGCACCUCUCGACGCCAGCCACCGCCGCCUCUUCCAGCGAAUCCUGGACAGCUGUGCGCAGGCCAUGUGCAAAGUCAUUGUCCUACUCCAAGUGUCGUGGCGCGACGACUACUUGCUCUGCGGCCUCGCCGAGGCCCUCCGCUGCGGCGCGGAGCUUCGGCGGGGCACGGUGAGGGACUAUACGCUGUGCCUUCAAUCUCUACGCCGCCUCAACUACUGUCCAUGGGUUGGUGCCCUGAGGCCUGUCCUUGCGGAGCUCCGAUGGCGUCUCCGGCGUCACCACUGGAGACCGAUCGAUGUUGUUCUGGCUCUGCGCUUUCUUGCAGCGUUCUCGGUCCAGCACCUGCCGCAGGUGCGAAUUGAGGCUGUCGCCUUUUGUCGCGAGCUUCAAAUGAAGGCUGAGAAAAGACUUGGCGACAUGAGGCAUCUGGAACUCGCCCACUUUGCACGCGCUUUGGUUCAGCUCAACGAUAAAGGAGGUUUACCAGACACACUGUUGCUGGAGCGCGUUGCCGAGAACUUUUCUCGUCGAGCAUCGGACCUACCGCUAGGAGCCAUGCUGCACAUGUCAAGCAGCCUGCUGGCUGCUCGGGCAGACGCCCCUUCUGAAUUCCGGCGUGUCCUUAUCGACAAGGCUCAGGUACUACCCUCCUGCACCUGA